AUGGCAUCCCGGGAGGCUUCCGAAACGUCCUUUUUCAGCCUGAGCGGUGUAAGAGAGCGGAUGCGGGAGAAGAAGAAGGGUGCCCUGAGGACUGCGAAGUUGAAUGCCUCAAUUGCAUCAAAAAUCAAAACGAAAAUCAUUAACAACUCCUCCACUAUUAAAGUCUCCCUGAAGCACAACAAUAAAGCAUUGGCCCUGGCCCUCAAUGCAGAGAAAGCCAACGUGCAGCGGCUCACCCAGGAGAAGACGGUCUUACAGAAGGAGGUGGAGCAGUGCCACUUCCAAAAUGCUGUGCUGCGGCACAAGCUCUCCUUCCUGAAUGACACCUUGAAACAAGUUGAAAACCUUGUGGCUGCGGUUAAGAUGGCCCGGCUCUCUGAGUUUGAUACAAGUUCUGUGUCCUUGUCCAAUGGUCCGAAGAGCAGCAUGACUGAGGAUAGCUGGGCUGAUGAUACUGUAGAUGGUCAGCUUGUAAGGGCUGCAGGGAUGCCAAUGAGGGUGCCCAUUUCCAAGCUAUGUGGUGCAGGACAGCAAGGUAGUGGGGCCACAGCAGUACAGGCAUCCUCACUGUAUCUUCAGAGACCUGUUUCUGAUGAGCCCCUGGAAGUUGUGCCUGUUGCCUCCAAAGACACUUUGCCGCCUCAGUCCUACCAGGAAGAGAAUGGGAAGAAGUCAGCUGAAGCAAUGGAAGCACAAGAGGCUCUUCUUGACUCUUGCAUCUUUGGAG